AUGAGCUUCGCCCAUGGCAUAUCCCAGGAGGAGCAAGAGGGUAUCUACCAAGAUAUCUGCAAUAGAAAUGAUCCCACAUCAUUGAUUGAGGGGUUCACUUUUGGAAGGGAAGAUCCCUCGAGCUUUCCUCGGGAGGCAAUAGGCACAGAGGCCUACGUAAAGAAGGGGUGGCACGAACCAGGCAGAUGUCCCCACUUUACUGUAGAGCUGCGCUACGUGUUUCUACAGUCACGCUGGUACAAGAAGUAUCGCGAUCAGAAAUACAUAUUCUGGGACACGAGGUUUCCGCGACCUGAGAACGUCAUGGAACCACCUGGGGGACCGCUGCCUCGAUAUGCCUUUCCGCACAAGCUGUAUUUGAAGCCUUGA